AUCUGGCAACCCUGCCGCAGAACGAACAGGAAGGACAUUUGACCCUCGUUUUACUUUCUGCAGGAGAACAAAUGGUCUCACAAAUGGCCGCUGCGCGAUUAGUCUUCGUGUUUGUCGUGACUAAGGUUUAGUCGUUCUGGUGGAAAUAAACACGUACAGACGGUUUUAGAGGAGAUUCGUUUAAAGCUACUGUAGAGCCGUAAAGCUGAGUAAAAACAAACCGACUGUGCGCGCGAGCCCAAUAUACAGUUUUGAAGAAGACGCGAUUUCCAAAAUGUCCAAGGCAAAGAAUUCUCCUUCUCCCUCUCGGUCCAGAUCGAGGUCUCGGUCCCGCUCCAGGUCAUAUUCGAGAUCUCGCUCCAGCAGCCGCUCACGCUCGAGGUCCAGGAAGCAUCGCUACAGCUCCAGAUCUCGCUCCCGUUCUCCUAGCCGUGAGAGAAACUACCCAUCGAGAGAUUUUCAGGGCAACCGGGGGUACAAUCGUGGUUUCCGUGGCUACCGGAGACCCUUCUAUUAUAACCGUGGCCGGGGACGUGGUUAUUACCCGCGUGGCUACCACAGAGGAGGAGGAGGUGGUGGUGGAGGUGGUGGAGGAGGAGGAGGAGGAGGAGGCGGUUCUUACGGUUAUCGCAAUAACUGGCAUGGAGGCCAUCGUGAACAGCAGCAAUCCCAUGAGCACCACAGCCCCAAAAGGGGGCGCUCUCGCUCCCGCACACCUCGCAAGCGCUCCAGGAGCCGUAGUCGCUCACAUUAUUCCGCGAACUCCUCUUCUCGCUCACGCCACUCUAAAUCUUCUUCACGAUCCCCGUCCCCACGCCGCCGCAACUCCGGAAAAGCUCCAUCUAAAGAGUUAAAGAGCAAGAGCUCACCAAAUGAAGGGAAAGGCAAUAGCAAGGAAGCGGAACCCAAAUCUUCCACGUCCAUUCCCGAGGAGCCCCCGAGCAAAUGGGAGAGCAUGAGCGACUACACCACCAGUCCGAAAAUCUCCAAUCCAGAACAAACGGUUCCACAAGGGACUCAGCCUGAGGUGAAAGUGUCCCUUUCUGGAGCUACAGGUAACGGCGCCUCUGUCUGGAGAAGCAUCAGUGCUCCCGAUUCAAAGAGUCCUCCAAAGCCAGCAGCAGGAGCAUCAACCGGUUUUGGCUUCUUCUCCAAAGAAGACAUGAAGGCAGGAGAGAAAGCGGCCAUAUCCACAGCGUUCAAAAAGUUUCUGGCAGACAAGAAAAAACCCACAUCCGACUGGGAUGACAAUCGGGGCGAAGAUCAGAAUACCGGCGACGGGGAAAAGGAGAAGAGUAACCGAAAACAAAAAGCCGUUUUCGAAAUGGAUCCGGAGUACGGAGACUCCAAGGCGGAUAAAGGCCUUCCGUUUCUGGACGAGGAGGAAGAGGAGUACUCGAAGAGCCUGAGAGAGAGAAAAAACGACGAGGAACCCAAGUACAAGGCCAAACCCACUGUAUCUGCGCGGGAACUGUUCGAAGAGCGUUUUGGUAAGUGGGACGACGACUACGUGUCCAACAAAGAUUCUUCACAAAGAGGGGAAGACAUGGAGGAGGAAGAACACGUGAUGGAAGAGCUAUACCGAAGCCGCAAGCAGGCAGCACGUAAAGAAGAGAAAGCCUCCAAGAAAAAGGAGAAGAAGAAGAACCGCGUCAGCCCGUCUCCUUCACCGCCCAGAAGCACAGAGCGUAGCAAGCCCCUGUUUCCUGCAGCCAGGGAGUCGUCACCUCCCGCCAGAUCCUCUAAGAAGAAAGAGCCUGAAUUUAACUUUAGUCUGAAAGUAUUUGACGACGAAGCAGAGAGCUCUACUGGCGCUUUAGCCAAAGAAAGACGUUUGUCUCAGGAUCUAAUAUACCCUGUUAAGAAAGAGCAUGAGGAGUUCCACUCCAUUUUCCAGCACAUUCAGGCUGCUCAGCUUCGUCGCAGCCCAUCAGAACUGUUUGCUCAACACAUAGUCACCAUCGUCCAUCACAUCAAAGCUCAGCACUUUCGCUCGUCCGGGAUGUCUCUGAACGAGCGAUUCGGCAUGUACCAAAGAAAAGCCGCACAGAUGGAAAUGAUGAGGCAAAGAAAGAGUCCUGAGAUUCACAGGAGAAUUGAUGUGUCUCCCAGUGCUUUUAAGAAGCACGCUCGUCUGUUUGAGGAUAUGGAAGAAAGCGACUACAAGGAUUAUGCUAAAAAAUAUGAAGGAGAGUCAAUGGACCUGCGUUUGGAUAUUGAGCGACGUAAAAAAUACCCCAAACGUGAGGGGGGUAAAGGCUCAGCCGGGUCGCGCACCCCCAGCCGAGAACUCUCUCCUGAAAAAUCCUCCAAACAGAAGAAGUCCAAGAAAAGCAAGAAGAAGCGUGAGCGUUCUCCUUCCUCCUCGUCCUCCUCUUCCUCUUCAUCACCCCACACGUACAAAUCCAGAGAGUACCACGGCGAGGAGAUGGAACAUAUGGAGAAAGGCGGCUUUGAUAAGUCCCGCCUGGGGCCGCGUGAGUACCCCCGCGAGUAUGAGGGGGGCCACAUGGAGAGAGGAGGCUACGAGAGAGGAAGGGGAGGGUAUGAGCGUGGAGGAUUCGAUCGAACCGGAUACGAUAGAGGACGCGGGGGAUACGACCGGGGAUUUCCUAGAAUCAGAGGUAGGGGAUGGAACAGAGGAAAUUACCCCAACACCAAUAACAACGGAAACCCUGCAAAUAUGGGAGGGCCAGUGCGCCCCCAGGAGGAGGAGUGGGACCCUGAAUAUACCCCUAAGAGCAGGAAGUACUACCAGCAUGAUGACCGUGACCGGGAGGGAGAGAUGAAGUGGGUGGAAGGGCGUGGCCGUGGGCGGGGCAUGUACCCACGCAUCAGAGGCGGAUCGUUCAACUUGCGCAGAGGAGGUGCAGGUGCCGGAGGUAGCAGUGGCAGCCCCAAGUGGACCCAUGACAUGUUCCAGGGAGCCACAGAGGAGGGAGAGCUGCCUGACGACGGAGCUGAGCAUGGCCUGAAAGACGACGAGAAAACCGCAGAGAGCUCCACCUCGAAGCCCUAGACCACCCAACCCUUUUUUUUUUUUUUUUUUUCCUUCCAUCUUCUUUAAUAUCAGUUAAUUCACCACUGCAGUCCCCAAACAAAGGUGUGUUGUUCAGGUGGGGAGUUCAGCGCCGUUCUGCUCAGCUUACUCCAAAAUUCUUUCUGCAUAAUUUAGUUUGAAUUUUUUAAAUGUAAUUUUAGACUUAGCUGCUCCAGUCUACUUGAGUCUAACUGGAAUUAGCAGAAUGCCGUCUGUGUGUACUGAUUGAUUUUUUUUUUGUUUUUUUCCUUUGUUUUUCAUUUUCUAACAUGCAAUGGAGAUGCGCAUUUGUGCCUUAGAGAUGGGAACUGCAGUGGAGUUUUUUUUUUUUUUUCUUCUUCUUUUUCCUCCCCCACUCUCUUUCCCUUCUUUCCUUCUGUGUCACAGCUUUUUUUUCUUCCUCUUCUAUCUCAGUGUGUUGUACAGAUCUCAUUAUUUUAACUCGUCUCGUACAUCCCGUCGACGUCAAUCGCCGAGCCGUUUCCCCUCCGGAACGCUUCCACUGUGUAUUUUUACCGAUCUGUGAUUAAGUCGUCGAGAGUUAAAACUGUAGUGGGAUUUCUUUCAGUCAUGUCCUGAAUUGAUUUUUGUACAUGAUUGUAAUGACUUGCAGAUUUUUUUUUAAACAUAUGUACUAUUAAAAAAAUUUAGUCAGGACCCCAAACUGGUUUUAGUCGGGAAAAAAACGUACGUUGUGUCAGAAGAAGAGUAAUGUGGAAAAAUAAGUGUUUGUAUGCAAAAACACAGCUGGUGAUUUUAGACAGACCGAAAAAAAAAACACCUUUAACUGCUACACAGUUUGUGUGUAAUUAUAAUUAUAGCCCUGAAAGUAACGAACCGUCAUAAUAAUAAUCGUAGAUCUGUGAUUGAAGACUUCGUAGACUCUCCCACCUUUUUUUCAUUUGCAGUGACACAUUUAUAAAGCUGUUUUAUGUUUAUACUGGUCAGGUAAUGCUGCUUGCUUCUGUUCUCAUUUCAAUAAAAACCCCUCUCACUCUC